AUGGAGUUUCUCACUGGGUUUAAGCGUUACAUGUCGAAGCCCGAGAGUAUUCAGAAUCUGAAGCAACAAAUUGAGAAACUGAGAUAUGAAAGGGAUAGAAUGCAGCGUCUGAUUGAAGUCGCUAAUGAAGAAGAGACCAACCAAGAUGUCCGGAGAUGGGUGAUUCAUGCGGAGGAGACAAUCAAGGAAGAGGAAGAGAUAUUGGAGAACCUCGAAGCACAAGCAAAGAAGAGGUGUUUCCUUGGCCUGUGUCCUAAUUUGAAGUCUAUUGACUUGCUUAACAAGAAAGCUGAAGAGAACUUCCAAAGUGUUGCAAUGCUCCUUGUGGAAGCAUCUUUAUUCGAGUUCACCAGAAAGAGGGUCGUUGAGGAGCCAAGGACUGCUGAGGAGCCAAGGGCUGCCGAGGAGCCAAGGACAGCUGAGGAGCCAAGGGCUGCCGAGGAGCCAAGGACUGCUGAGGCGCCAAGGACUGCCGAGGAGCCGAGGACUGCCAAGGAGCCGAGGACUGCUGAGGAGCCGAGGACGGACUACCUGGAGACCGAACCUAGGAUUGUUCAAGAUUUCGAAGCUUUUCCAUCAAGGGAAGCUACACUCAAGGAGAUCAUGAAUGCCCUGGAAAAUCCUCAUCCCAAGAUCAUCGGUGUAUGGGGGAUGACUGGUGUAGGCAAGACCACACUCGUGAAAGAGGUUGCCAGGAGAGCCAGGGAAGAAAGCUUGUUUGAUGAGGUUGCAAUGGCAACUGUUUCGAAGAAAGGAAACGUAAAAGAAAUUCAAGGGAAAAUUGCAGAUGCCUUAGGCCUGAAGUUCGAUGACGAGAGCCUAUUUUUAAGAGCAACGAGGCUGCAGCAGUGGUUGAAGAAAGGAGAUAAGAGUGUUCUUGUAAUUCUAGAUGAUGUUUGGCAUGACCAAAGAACGGAACUAGAAGAAAUUGGGAUUGCUUUUGAAGGUUACAAGAGUAUUGCAAGCGAAGACGAUGCCGGACUAUCGAUGCGAAAUACCAGUGAAAAUGCUUUUCGGAAACUCUCUGCUGUUAGAUUCAAAGUAUUGCUGACUUCCACAACCGAACAAGCACUCAGUGAUAUGAAAACUGAAAGCAUGCACAAACUGGAAGUGCUACCAAAUGAAGAAGCGAUGAAGUGGUUUCAAAAAAUGGUGGGCGGUAUAGCAAUGCACAUGCACCCCGCUUAUGAAAGUACAAUGAAGCGAGUGGUGAAAAACUGCGCAGGUUUACCAGUUGCUAUUUCAGCAAUUGCAAUUACAAUGAAGUUCAGAAUACGAACCUUUAGUUUCCUAUUGGAUGCUUUGGCAAGUGAGACGGGUCCAAUUCCGACCAAAGAUGAACACCUUGCAAGUGUUUACUCUACCAUAGAGUUGAGUUACAGAUUAUUAGAGAAAUCAGGGUUGCAGUCCUUGUUCCAGCUCUGUGCCUUGCUGCCCCAAGGUUCUCACAUUCAAGCAUCUGACUUAUUAAGGUACAAUUUGUGUUUGAAAAUAAAUAAAAAUGUGAGCACAUUGGAAGAAGCAAGAAAAAGUGUGAACGACCUCAAAGCUGCAGGUUUACUACUCCGCAGCAUCAACAAUGAUAACCUUGUGAGAAUGCAUGUCAUUGUUCGUGAUGUCGCUAUUUGGAUUGCAUCUGAAGAGCAGGGAAUAUUUGUCAUAGACGAUGAAGUCCGUAUGAAAGAGCUUCUAGAGAAAAGAAAGCUCAGAUAUUGCAGUGCUAUCUCGCUUCCAUACAGUGACAUCGAUGAGCUUCCCGACCAGUUGGAAUGCCCCAAGCUAAAAUUGCUGGUUUUGUUAAACAAAAGACCAUCAUUAAAAGUCCCAGAUGCUUUCUUUGGGAAGAUGACUGAACUCUCGACGUUAGAGUUGGCUGGUUUGAAUUUUCGCUCCCUGCCUUCGUCUUUUACUUCUCUAAGAAACCUUCAAAUGUUGCGUUUCGAUGAAUGUGAGUUGAAUGACAUUGCAAUUAUUGGGAGUCUGAAGCAAUUGGAUACCCUUAAAAUUCUCAGUUCUGAUAUUCAGAUAUUGCCCCGGGAAAUAGGGACACUAACCAGGCUUAAGUCCCUAGACUUGAGCAAUUGUUCCAAGCUUAAAGUCAUUCCAGCCAACAUCAUAUCAGGCAUGUUUAAUUUAGAAGAACUGCUUAUGCGCAACAGCUUCGAUCGAUGGGGUGCCGAUGGCAAUGCCAGCCUUAAUGAAUUGAAGUCUUUGCCUGGUCUAAAUGCUUUGGAAGUCCAUAUUCAUUCUGUUGAAGAUAUGCCAGAAGAAUUAUUCUCCAAAAGAUUGAACCGGUACAAGAUUCUUAUUGGGGAAAUCUGGGACUGGUCAGGGAAGUAUGAAAAGGAGAGGAUGCUGAAACUCAAGCUUACUAAUGGACUUCACUUGGAUCGCGGAGUACAACAGUUGUUGCAGAAAACUGAAGAUCUAACUUUAGAUGAAUUGCAAGGUAUCAAGAAUUUGCUGUAUGAGGUGGAUGGAACUGGUUUUCCACAACUCAAGAAUCUCCAAGUACAAAAUGGUUCCGAAAUACAGUUCCUUAUUAACUCCAUGGAGGUAGCUUCACAUAAAGCCUUCCCUAUUCUGGAAUCAUUGUUUCUUCAGAAUCUGAUUAAUUUGGAGAAGAUAUGUCAAGGCAAACUCGAAUGUUUCAAGAGAUUGAAAAUCGUAAGUGUCGAAUGUUGUGAUCGGCUGAAGAAUCUGUUUCCAUUCUCCAUGACCAAAAUGCUGGUCCAACUUCAAGAAAUUAGAGUCUCAAAGUGCAAAAGCAUUGACGAAAUUGUUGCUGAAGAAAGAGAGCAGAGUUCUGGUACAGCAACCAAUAAAGCCGAUUUCGGCCGAUUGCAAUCCUUAACACUGCAACUUCUACCAGAGCUUAGUAGUUUCUGCUCCAAAGAGAAGAGUCGAUCCAUUUAUCAACUCGAACCGAUGAACUCAAGGUCUUGGAUACUUUUCAAUGAAAAGAUUUUAUUUCCUGUCCUUGAGAACCUGAGAUUGUCCUCCAUCAGCAUAGAAAGGUUAUGGCAGAAACCAUCAUGUUGUAGUCAGACUUUGACAAGCUUGGCUAUUGAGGGUUGUAGUAACCUUAAACAUCUGUUUUCGCCGUCUAUCACUAGACGCCUAUUGCAACUCAAACGAUUAGAGCUUUUGGAGAUAGAUAGUUGCCCUCAAAUGAAGGAAUUCAUGAACAAAUCUCAGAUCACAGACAUCACAACUGUCGAUGGAACUCCAGAAAUAAACAAAGAGAAUGAUAAUCAUUUAGGUGCACAAGCUUUCUUUGAUGCAAAGGUUGCAUUUCCUAAGCUGGAGAAGUUGAAAAUCUCCCACUUGGAAAUUGUGAAGUUAUGGCACAACCAACUGCAUACAGAUUCCUUUAGCCAACUAAAAGAAGUGAAGGUUGGAUAUUGUAAUGAGCUAUUUUCCAUUUUCCCAUCCAAGAUGGUGUUGAAUUUCCAGGGACUGGAAACUCUAAUAGUUGUCAACUGUGAUUCACUACAACAUAUUUUUGAGUCAUCGGACAUCGAGUUAGCCACUCAGUCGAGAGAAUCUCAUCUUUCGAAGCUGAAACAUAUAUAUAAUGAGGAUUCUAGCAUCAGUGCCUUUGAAAAUAUACGAAACGUAUAUGUUCGAGACUGUUGGAGUCUGAAAAGUCUUUUUCCAGCAUCAGUGGCAAUAUGUCUACGACAACUAGUGGAUCUCACAAUCAAUUCAUGUGGAAUGGAAGAGAUUGUUUCAGAGGAGGAUGGAUUGAACCAUGUUAAUAAGUUUUCCUUUCCUGAAGCACGCUGUCUUACGCUUUGUAACCUGCCUCAACUGAAAUACUUUUACCCAGCAGCUCAUGAAACUGAAUGGCCAAAGUUAAAAAUGUUGAAGACUUAUCAUUGUGGCCAGGUAGAAGUAUUUGGGACGAAAGAACAUCUGUCCUCAUUUCAAAAGCCACUCGUCUUGAUCGAAAAGGUGAUUCGUAAUAUGGAGGAAUUGUCUUUAAAAAGCAAACACAUUUCAAAAAUAUGCAAUCGUCAAGUUCCGAUAGGCAUCUUCAGCCAAAUGAAAGUUCUUCAAGUGCUUGGCAAUGAUGACAAAACAGUUCUGUUCCCAUUUGUGAUUUACUGUGAUCUCGAAGCGAACUUCAGUGGUGAAGGAAAUGCAAGUGAAAAGGAACAGGUUAGUCUUCCUAACCCCACCCAUUUAGGGGAUGAAAACUCACAAAUACACCAUGUUUUCCCAAAUCUUGAAACUCUUGAAGUUAGAAGAUGUGAGGGUUUGAUCGGUUUGGGACCCUUCUUGGCAUCCUUUCGAAAUCUCAAAAUUUUGGACCUAUGGCAGUGCUAUGCUGUUGCCUUAAUCACAUCUUCAGCAGCUCGAAAUCUGAUGCAACUGAUAAAAAUGAGGAUCAGAGACUGCAGUACAGUGAGAGAAAUAGUUGCAAAAGGGAAAGAUGAUGCAAAAGACAUGAUCAGUUUUAGCAAGUUGAAAUGUUUGGUGCUUCAUUAUUUACCUAACCUCGCAAGCUUCUGUUCAGAGGAGUACAACUUUCAGUUUCCAUCCUUGGAACAAGUUAUUGUAAGACAAUGUCCCAAAUUGAAGAUCUUUUGUCAGGGAGGGUUUGAUCACCCCAGAGUUACACAGAGUGCAGCUGUCAGAAGAGGACUAUAA